UGUAGUUUCUGUGGUUUGGUGUUACGGAGGCCUGUGCAGAGUCACUGUGGACACCGAUACUGUGCAGAUUGUUUUGAGUAUGUAAUCAGCUUGGACGAUCCAGUCUGUAAACCGUGCGAAGAUGAUGGAGAUAAGGUGUACAUUACGCAGUCGCAGCAAUUCCCUGACGUCGCAAUAAGAAGAGAGUUGGAAAGAAAACUUGUUGUGGUUUGUAAAAAUUCAGGAUGUGAAUGGAAAGGAAAAUUUGGAAACUACAUCGAGGAUCACGAAAAUUCAUGUCCUUUCCGCGUGUCCAGCUGCCCCAAUAAUUGUGGUCAACAGCUACCCUGGAACCAAGUGGACAAGCACCUGAAGGACAAAUGCCCAUUGAGAACCGUUAAAUGUCGCUACUGUCCGAAGUCUUUCAUCGCUAACAGAAACAAGGAGCAUAAUGGAACGUGUCCCAAAUUCCCUAUUCGCUGCGACAUGUGCGACAGUCUCACGAAAAAAUUACCGAGAGAUCAGAUAGUGAGACACCAGCGAACCAACUGUCCCAAAGACAAGAUAGUAUGCCAGUAUGGAUGUCAGAACAAGUUCUCCGUUAAUCAAGCACACCAACAUAAUGAAGAAAACGUUCCGAAACACCUCGACUUCAUGCGGGAGAGGAUCAAAUCUCUCCUGGAGGAAACCGAACAGAAGCAACACGACAGAUACGACAGACAUAUGGGCAACCUGAAGCGACGGCUCUCUUCCUUACAGCGUGAUGUUGACAACUUGGAAAGCCAAACACAAGAGGUUAAUACAAGAGUAGAUUCACUGACGAGCAAAAAAAAGGACCAAGAGGCAACAGCCUCCGAAUCUUUUCGAAAAGACCUUGAAGCUCUGAAACUGAGGGAAGGUGUGAUGGAAAGUAAGUCUGGUACUUUUGAGGGAAUCAUUGCUGUUUUGAACAGAGAGAUUGAGAAAUGCGCCUCACUCUUGGAAGAAUACGACCGACAAAUGCGUCUUGACCGGGAAGCUCUGACCAAUAGUGAAAGAAAAUGCAAAUCCUUCGAACGCGCCCUUGCCCUAAGAGAUGUCAGUAUGGCGGAACAGAACCUCCGCAUCCAAGCCCUAGAGACCGCCAGUUAUGAUGGCGUCAUGGUCUGGAAGAUCGCCGACUUUUCUAAGAAACGCCACGAUGCCAUCACUGGCCGCCUGACCAGUUUCUACUCCCCUGCGUUCUACACCGACCCGCACGGCUACAAGAUGUGCUGCCGAAUUUAUCUCAACGGCGACGGAAUGGGGAAAGGCAGCCACAUCAGCCUCUUCUUUGUCGUCAUGCGCGGAUAUUACGACGCUCUUCUAGCGUGGCCAUUUAAGCAAAAGGUCACCCUCAUGAUCCUUGACCAGAGCAACCGUGAGCACGUGGUGGAAGCGUUCAGACCAGACCCUGCCAGCUCCAGCUUCAAGAAGCCGACGUCAGAUAUGAAUAUCGCAAGUGGCUGCCCGUUGUUUCUGUCGCUGGAAAGGCUGGGUGCGUCCAACACGGCCUAUGUGAAAGAUAACGCGAUGUUUGUGAAGGUCGUGGUGGACUGCACAAAUAUCUAAAUUGAUAUUGAUCCUUUAAAGCCUAAGUAUUCCAAAUUGGUGCAUAAAGUGCAAUAUGCUACGUUUCGUUUUUUUCACACUCGUUGGGAUUUUGUCAAAAACCAUAUUAUUGCAUCUUCAAAAUAUUCUUAUACAAUUAUAUUCGUACCCCUAAACAACUCGGCUCUCUAUUAAGCCCCUUGAUAAAAAAUCCCCAAAUAAUUAUUUUUUGUAAUCGCACGUAAUUUAAAUUGCAAUUUGUUGUCAGAUGAAUAACAAUUUGAAACCAUUUCAUCAGUAAGACUGAUGGUCCUUUGGGGGACUUUUCUUGCUAAACGCUAAAAGGUGGAUUAAAAUUUUUCAGAAGGCAUUUUUUUAAAAUUUUUCUUUCCUUCUCUUCUUUUCUAAAGUGAUUGUCAACUUCAACGUAAAAUUCUAUUUAUUAAUUUUACCUUUUUAUUCUUUGUUUGUUUGUUUGCGCAUGAAAUAGGAACAGCAUAUUUGCAACAGCUUUACCGCUCGUUUUAAUAAUGUGUCAUUACCGUAAUUUUUUCCUCAAAAUAGUUAACUUCUGUAAUGAAAUUUUACAAAAACUAAAACAGCAUAACAUGUCCAAAAAGGUUCAGUUUCAGUCGUAAUCGAAAAACAUUUCACAUUGAUCGAGAAAUCCAUGUCCUGUUAAAGCAAACAAACCAUCAAAGAAAAACAAUAUCGGCACCAGAAUGGGUGGGGAUGAAUCAAAGACUUCGAGAUAUUUAUUUCUUUUUUACUCUUUCUUUUCUUUACCUUUUAUAUUCAAGCUAAAAAUCCUUUUCAAAUUUAAUUUUCUUUCUUUCUUUCUUCUUUAUCAUUAAUUUGGUGAAUAAUCCCUAUCCUUAAUAGCUUUGUUUUAGACUGGGUUUCCAUACCUAGAUCGAUCUAACAGGAUCGAUCCAUCUCCAAGGGGUUUCAGCUUUAGCGGUUAA